CAAGGACACACAACAACAGGGAGAUGUGCGUGAACUUCUCGAAGAGUUUGAAGGAGUACUGGGCGAGCCCAAAGGACUACCACCACACCGAGAGUUCCACCAUCGCAUACCAUUGGUCAAUGAACAGCAUGCCAUACAUGUCCACCCUUAUAGGUACGCUCACUUUCAGAAAACCGAGAUCGAACGGCAAGUGGCUGAGAUGCUUGAAUCAGGACUCAUACAGCAUAGCAAGAGUCCGUUCUCUUCUCCAGUUCUGUUGGCUAAAAAGAAAGACGGCACGUGGAGAUUCUGUACUGACUAUCGAGCUCUAAACGCUGCAACCAUCAAGGACAGAUUUCCAAUCCCCAGUGUCGACGAUAUGCUUGAUGAGUUAGCUGGAUCACGCUAUUUCUCUAAGCUCGAUCUAAGAGCUGGCUACCAUCAGAUUCGACUACACAGAGCUGACAUCCCAAAGACAGCCUUUCGUACACACCAGGGCACUAUGGGUAUCUGGUUAUGCCAUUCGGCUUGUGCAACGCCCCAUCCACUUUCCAUAUACGUGAAAGAGAUGUUAGCAGUUGUCGAGGCUGUACGAUGUUGGAGGCCUUAUCUACUAGGCCGGCGAUUUCAGAUUGUUACAGAUCAGCAACCGCUCAAGCACCUAUUGGAGCAAAGGAUUGUUACCCCCGAGCAACAGAAGUUCGUGUCUAAACUUAUGGGGUUUGAUUUCGAGAUAAUCUAUCGACCAGGUCGCCAGAACGCAGUAGCCGACGCACUAUCCCGGCGAACAGACGUGCCCGAGUUGAGUGCGAUCACUGGGCCUACUUGGGCCAUUUGGGAGGAGAUCAGGAAGGCGCAAGUAGAGGAUACCCAUUGCCAGGAACUGCGCCAGUCGAUAGAAGCAGGGAAGACAACUGCUAUCGACUAUGAGCUGCAUAACGAUCUACUUCUGCACCGAGGUCGAGUCUAUGUCCCCGACAGUGGACAGUUACGCGAGCAGAUUUUGCAGCACUUCCAUGACUCCAAGGUGGGAGGCCACUCGGGUAUCUAUCGCACGUGGAUGAGGAUAGCCAACACGUUCUUCUGGCCAGGACAGCAAGGCACCGUCCGGGACUACAUAGCACGAUGCGACGAUUGUCAGCGUACUAAGUCUGACUCGCGACGGCCAGGUGGGCUGUUACAACCCUUGCCAGUACCCGAGGCAAUUUGGGAAGACAUCACCAUGGAUUUCAUCGAGGGGCUACCAAAUUCUAAUGGGUUUGACGGUGUUAUGAUUGUGGUGGAUCGUCUCACGAAGUACGCUCACUUCAUACCCAUUACCCAUCCUUACACCGCAAAGUCAAUUGCCAGGCUAUUCGUGGAGUAUGUGAUGAAACUGCAUGGAGCGCCUCGAUCCAUCGUCUCUGACCGAGACCGGAUUUUUAUGAGCAGCUUUUG